AUGAAGGGCUUUCAUCAUUUAUCGGAGACAAAUUCUGUUGCAUCAGAAAUGAGAUCCAGGGCACCCCCAUUCACCUAUGAACCAUUUCAGAUCGACCAAGAGCCCCGUGGGUUAGGAAAAGCGAUUAAAAGACGGCUUUUUGACUGGUCGGAAUUCGCUGCCCUGCUACUCAGCUUCACAUGUGGCGUAGUGGGUCUUGUCGUCUGCUUUAGAUCUCAAACUGCUGCCGACAUGGGACAAAAGUAUCAACUCAUAAUCGUUGGCUUAACGCUUUCUGUUAUGGAUCUCUGCACAAGUAAAAUAUCUACCGUUGUAUUUCUCCAGCUCGAAACCAGAUGGGCAAGUCUUUUGCAGAACUACGAUGUUAUCGUCAAGAAGAGUGUCCUGGGUAGUGCUCUCAAUGGACGCCGCGGAGAUCAACGCUGGACUCUGCUACUAUUCGUCUCGUUGGGCCUACCGUUGGUCCUCAGCGUGGGAUACAAGGCUUUCAUCGGAGGCAGAGUCACGUUCGAAGUCGAGGGCAGUAAAGGGAUCUAUGGACUCACAGGUCCCCCAGGGCUUGGUAAUUUCACCUCUGGGUAUGCUCUCAUGGUAAACGCGACAAUUCCUCUCAUGUUCAACAUGCCCCUCAAAGUACCGUCUCAGCCACAGCCAUACGGAUUUAACAUGCUGCUAUUGAACGAAAAGCACAUCUCAGUUGCCAUGUUGGACGGACCAAGCCCGGAAUAUGUCGAGACUAUAAGGCAGGGUCUCCAUGGCCUGCAGUCAUAUAGUGUUGCCGCUAAUGUCAAUGGACUGGCUUGGAAGCAAGACAAAGAGCUCGAAAAGCAUCGCAAUGACGUUAGCUGGUGGAACAGCCUUUCCGAACACAAAAAAGAACCAUCCUCCAUACGGUUGUACAAGGAGAAAAAGUGGUUCACAAUUAUGUGGCCUGAGAGUCAGCUAAAGCGUUUCUUCCUUCUACUCAGACCGCAGAAAACGACUUGUGAAUCUGGUAAAGACUGUAAAAAGGUCAAACCGACAGAGGAUGAGUUCAGGGAACAGAGCAUUGGCUUCAUCAGCCAAUGGCUUAGAUGCCAUGGAAAAUGGAGCAUCACUCUCAAUACCGUAGACCUUGUUGAGGGCUAUUGCUACGACAACUUCGAGCAAACACCUCAUAGCAGCUGUGAUACUCUCCAUCUUGAUGACGCCGUAUCAAUACUAAGCGAUUUUGUCGGUCGUUUAGACUCGAGCAAUCUCACAGAGCAAGGGCAGAUCCAAAUGACGGCUGGGGUAUCUGCAUUGUUUUGGUCACGGUUGACCGCGUACUGUGGGAUAGAUUCACUAGUCAACAGACUUGAUCCGGAUUCCGAAUUCGCCGAGAUGUUCAAAUACGAACGAGACGACACUGCAUUCAAGACAGUCGGGGUACUCAGGCAAUCCCCUCUGCUGGCUCUGGUAUUACUCGCUCAGCCCAUUAUUGGCUUGGUGCUCUUCAUCAUCCGCAUCAUCUUGCGUUCAUCUCCUAUUUCUGGAGGUUUCGGUCUCAUCAGUGUUUUAUCCGGCCACACAGCCAAGGAAGGAAGUCUACUACGUGGUGCAGGGUUGUCCGGGGAGGUAGCCGAGCGAAUUGAGCUUAACUUUAAUCAGGACGGUGAAGCUUGGGAGGGUGGCGAGCGUUUGCGAUUCCAGCUUCGCGAAGCAAGGAACUCAAGGCAUCAUGAGCGAAUGAGGUUAAUGCGAGGAAUCAGGUAUUAUUGA